AUGGACAAUAUCGAAGUUAUGCCGGCACCCGUCCGCCACUCUGAGACACAAAAGCCUCCGAGACCACCGAUCGUCCUGGUGCGCUCCUGCUUGGACCCAGCCGCGACUCUCGGGUUUCGAUUUUUCGUCUUUAGCAUGAGCACAAACUCGACAGAGAUGGGCGGGGCGGGGUCGAUCCCGGGCUUGCCUGUACACGCAACGCUGUAUGGGUAUGUGCCGACGAAAUGGGUGUGCGCGCUCAUGAUAGCGCUCUUUGGGCUCUCGAUGCUUCUCCAUAUUGGCCAGGCCGUAAAAUUCCGCAUAUGGUGGCUAUUCCCUACUAUCAUCCUGGGAACGCUCUCCGAGGUCAUAGGGUGGGGUGGGCGUCUGUGGUCCUCGUCAGAACCCCGUAUGCUCAACCCUUACUUGAUGCAGAUCACCACCACAAUCUUGGGCCCUUCGUUCAUGACUGCGGCCAAUUUUACUAUUCUUGGGAUCAUCAUUCGCCUUCUCGGCCCACAGUAUAGUUGGCUGAGUCCCCGAAUGUAUCUCAUCAUCUUCUUGACGUUUGAUCUCAUUGCACUCGUCGGCCAGGCUGUAGGUGGCGCAAAAGCCUCGCUGGCUGCAGAAACAGGCCAGGAUCCCACUCCAGGAGGGAACAUCAUGUGCUACUUUAUCAUCGUCCAAAUGGCGGCCAUUUCGUUGUACACGAUUUGCGCAUCAGAAUUCCUCCUCCGUUACCACUUUAAUAAGCCCGUCCGACGUGUCAAACCCUUUAUCGAAACGCCAAGCGAGCAGGAUGAGACUGCGUCUGACGGUGUGGGGUCACGCACGAUGGACAGGGGGAUCAUCUUGCAAUUGGUUGGGAUGGGCAUUUCGACAGUCUUCAUCCUCAUUCGAAGCGUCUACCGAACCAUCGAGCUAUUGGACGGAUGGACUGGACGCAUCAUCACGACCCAGCUGUACUUUAAUGUACUGGACGGUGCCUGCAUCGUUAUUGCCGUCUACGCAAUCAACAUCUUUCACCCUGGUUGGCUAUUGUCCGAUCACGCGCGGACGAUGGGAAGAAAGCCAAAGCCUACCGUCUUUGAAGGAGAUGCAGAAAAGACGCAAGACACAUAG